GAUUACUCAAUUUAAAUAGAAUUAAUUUAGACAGUUACUGUAAAUACUUUAAAUUAUACUACUUUGCUACUGUCAUUACACACUUGAUACUAAUCAAUAACUAUGGAUCCUAUGGACUAACAUGUUGAAACUGGAAUUCACUUCCAGCUCAUUGUGUUAGAUGGCUCUUUGACAGAACCGACUCAUUUUGAUACAAUAAAAGUAAAUUAAUUCAUUAAUAACAUAAAAUAUACUUAGAAAAAUUGUCAAGACAGAUUUUGGAGGAAGAUCAUUAGAAAACUACAAAAAGAAGUGGACCAGUCAGCCUACAUGAAUAGCAUCGGGGAGACAUGCAACGAACUCAAGAAACAGUACGACUCUUGCUUUCAUGUGUGGUUCUCUGAGAAAUUCUUGAAAGGGGAUACAAACGACUCCAUGUGUGCACCAAUGUUCAAAGUGUAUCAACAGUGUGUUAAGAAAGCUAUGAAGGAACAGCACAUAGAGCCCAAGGAUAUUGAAAUAAAUCAUCUGGGUACGGAAGAAGAGAAAACCCCUCCACGCAGUUGACAGUAUAACCAUGGGUACUUGUCUAGCUUCUUACGGAGUCUCUGUACCCCAUGCUCACCACCUAUGCUCCCACUUAUAAAUUCUGUACAGAGAACUAGUCAGGAGACAAGUACCUGCUUAGCACCAGACCUGAAAUACAAUUAGCUAGCAAAAUGUGUAGAUUAGUUUGGACGUACUAGCGCGAUAUAGAAUAUUAUGUGAUAAUCACAAUGUACGGAUAUAGCAAACUUUUAUAAUGACUAUUAGAUGAGUAAUAAUGUAUUUCACUUGAAUUUAUGAAUGCAACGUUCAUUUUUUUCUUUUUCGGUACAAAUAGUCUGGCUUUGUGUGCUGAUAUAAAAUAUUGCCUCAAUUAAUAAUAAUAAUAAUAUACAUUACACGAGAAACUAUGCAAUAAGAAAUGUUAACACUAUCACUCACGACAUGCAUCAUUGAAGAAAAAUAAAUAUAAAUGUUAUUCAAGUUUUAA